AUGGCAGAGAAAAUCAAAGUCUCGAUUGAUCGCGGCGGCACGUUUACUGACGUCCAUGCCAUCGUGCCCGGAAAGCCCGACAUUGUACUCAAGUUGUUGUCUGUUGACCCUGCAAAUUAUCAAGAUGCCCCUACCGAAGGCAUCCGCAGAGUACUAGAGGCCACUGGAAAAGCGAGCCCUCGUGGAGAGCCGCUGAGUCUGGAUAGAAUCGAUGUCUUACGGAUGGGAACAACUGUUGCUACCAACGCAUUGCUAGAACGAAAAGGCACCAAAUCAGCCCUGCUUACUACCAAAGGCUUUCGGGAUCUACUGCGAAUUGGCAACCAAGCACGUCCAGAUAUAUUCGACCUAUCUGCGAGAAGACCUGAUGUUCUUUUCGAGGCCGUCGUCGAGGUGGACGAGCGCAUCAUUCCUGCACAUCAGAGAGCCUCGAAAGACGUCCUUUCGUCUUUUCGAUCCAUCACUGGUGCUACUGGGGAGACAUUUCAUGUGCUCAGAGAACUCGAUAUCCCGGCUGUGAAGGCAGACCUCCAAUCCCUCAAGGACCAGGGCUACCAGUCUAUCGCAGUCGCCCUACUCAACUCAUUCGCUUGCCCGGAACACGAGCUAAAGAUUGGAGAGAUCGCGCAGUCUCUAGAUCUCUCAGUGGCACUGUCUUCCCUGUUGCAACCCAUGAUCAAGGUCGUGCCUCGCGGGAUGUCUGCCACUGCUGACGCCUAUCUGACUCCUGUGAUCAAAUCUUAUAUCGAUUCUAUUUCUGCGAACUUUAGAGGAGGUCUGUCUGGAUCCCAUGGCUGUCGAGUCGAAUUCAUGCAAUCUGAUGGUGGCUUGGUGGAUUUCCGUAAGUUCAGCGGUCUUAAAGCUAUUCUGUCUGGACCAGCUGCCGGUGUCGUCGGCUAUGCCGCCACUAGCUGGGAUGCCCAGUCUCGUGUGCCAGUCAUUGGGUUUGAUAUGGGAGGGACAUCGACAGAUGUGUCACGUUUCGAUGGUCACCUCGACCAUACCUUUUCUUCCAGUAUCUCCGGGGUUAGUAUCCAGGUACCUCAGCUAGAGAUCAAAACCGUGGCAGCAGGGGGUGGCUCUAUCCUCUCGUGGCAGAAUGGCCUAUUUAUGGUCGGUCCUGAAUCAGCAGCCGCACACCCUGGUCCAGCAUGCUAUAGAAAAGGAGGUCCUCUCACCGUCACCGAUGCAAACCUCCUUCUAGGACGAUUAUUACCAGAAUAUUUCCCCAAAAUCUUUGGCCCUACAGAGGACCAGCCCCUUGAUCGAGAAGUUACGCGAAACAAAUUCGAAAAGUUGACCGAGGAGAUUAAUUGUGCUCGGAAAAGGCCUAAAAGAUUUACGCCCGAGGAGGUAGCCCUUGGAUUUCUUCAGGUUGCAGAUGAGUCCAUGACACGGCCAAUCAGAAACUUGACCGAGGGUCGAGGCUUCGAAACAUCGUCUCACCACCUUGCCUGCUUCGGCGGUGCAGGCGGCCAACACGCCUGUAACGUGGCAGCUUCCCUCGGCAUCUCACGCAUCAUUAUUCACAAGUAUUCCUCGAUUCUGUCAGCGUAUGGCUUAGCACUCUCAGAGGUUGUCCACGAAGCACAAGAGCCAAUGGCUGCAGAAUAUGGAAGCUCUCAGGAGCUCAUUGCGGAGAAAUUUGACAAUUUGGUUGCAAGGACCACAAAAGAGCUCGUGGGGCAGGGCUUCACCGACGAUCAAGUCAGACAUGAGCUUUUCUUGAACAUGAGAUAUGACGGCUCAGACACAAGCCUGAUGAUCCGCAAUACUCAGGAUGGAGACUUCGCCAGGCUCUUUGUGGAACGCCACAAGCGCGAAUUUAACUUCACCUUUGACCGACCUAUUCUCGUGGAUGAUAUUCGGGUGAGAGCAAUUGCAGCUUCGAAGACGGUGGUUGAGGAUAGUCCAUUGCAACAACUCAGGAGAGUUAAACCGUGCCUAGCCGGAGAACCUACGCAGCGAAGUCAGGUCUUCUUUAACUCGGGCGAUGGAUAUGUCGAAACGCCAAUUUACUUCCUGAACGAGCUCAGAUCAGGUGUCAAGCUACACGGGCCUGCGAUCAUUAUCGACAAGACCCAGACGAUCGUCGUCGUGCCAGAUGCGGUCGCAAAUAUCCUCGAAACGUGCGUCGUUAUCGAUUUGAAAUCGACACCUCGAGAGAAGUUAACAGAGGACCAUGUCGAUCCUAUCCGAUUAACCAUUUUUGGCCACCGGUUCAUGUCUGUUGCUGAGCAGAUGGGCCGUACCCUCCAAAAGACUGCGGUUUCCACCAACAUCAAGGAAAGAUUGGAUUUCUCAUGUGCUCUGUUCUCCCCCGACGGCGGCCUUGUCGCUAAUGCUCCUCAUGUGCCUGUUCAUCUCGGGUCGAUGCAGUUCGCAGUGCGGUUUCAGCACCAAAAGUGGUUAGGAACCUUGAAAGACGGAGAUGUGCUUGUGGCUAACCAUCCUAUGUCCGGUGGAACUCAUCUACCGGACGUGACUGUAAUCACGCCAGUAUUCGCGCAAGGCACCAAAGAGAUCAUCUUCUACGUCGCAUCCAGAGGCCACCAUGCAGACAUCGGAGGUAUUCUGCCUGGAUCCAUGCCACCAAACUCGACUGAGUUGUGGCAAGAGGGCACUGCCAUUGAGUCCGAAAAGGUAGUCGAGAAUGGAGUGUUCAACGAAGCACGCAUGCGACAAUUGUUUCUUGACUUCCCUGCGCGUCACCCUGGAUGCUCAGGCAGCAGAAACUUGAACGACAAUAUCUCGGACUUGAAAGCCCAGAUCGCUGCAAACGCGCGGGGUAUCACCUUGAUUCAGGGAUUGAUCGACGAGUAUAGUCUUCAGGUCGUUCAGCAAUACAUGUACGCGAUUCAAGAAACAGCAGAUCUGGCAGUCCGUAAUUUGCUGCAAGCUUUGCAUAAAAGUCAGGGAGGCCGACCCCUCGAAGCACUGGAUUUCAUGGACGAUGGUACGCCCAUCAAGCUGAGGAUUACAAUCGCUGAAGACGGCUCUGCAGUGUUUGACUUUGCCGGCACCGGGCCCGAGGUGAACGGCAACAUCAAUGCCCCCGAAGCGAUCACACAUUCUGCCAUCAUCUACUCUCUCCGUUGUAUGAUUGCGGCAGACAUUCCCCUCAACCAAGGCUGCCUGGCGUCCAUUCAUGUCAAGAUACCCAAACCAAGCAUCUUGAGCCCUUCGCGAGCCGCCGCCGUAGUGGGCGGGAACGUGACGACAUCCCAACGAGUGACCGACGUAGUCCUGAAAGCACUGAACGCGUGCGCCGCGUCACAAGGGUGCCUCAACAACCUGACGUUUGGUGUCGAUGCUCAGAAGAACCCCGCGACGGGCGAGAUAGUCCCCGGUUUCGGGUACUAUGAGACCAUAGCUGGCGGCGCGGGCGCUGGAGCGACCUUCGACGGCGAGAACGGAGUGCAUACGCACAUGACCAACACGCGCAUCACGGAUCCUGAGAUUCUCGAGAAGAGAUAUCCAUGCAUCCUGCGGAAGUUUCAGCUCAGAGAAGACUCUGGGGGCAAGGGGUGGCACAAAGGUGGAGAAGGAGUGAUUCGAGAAAUCGAGUUUUUGACUCCGCUGCAGUGCUCGAUCCUGUCCGAACGCCGUGUCCAUCAGCCCUACGGCAUGGCUGGCGGUGGCCCAGGAGCGACCGGGCUAAACUUGUGGUUGUGCAAGGAUGCCGUGACAGGGCAAGACAGAACGGUCAACAUUGGAGGCAAGGGAAGCGUUGCGGUGAAAAGUGGGGAUAGAAUCGUUAUCAUGACUCCUGGCGGGGGCGGUUAUGGCAAGGCAGAAGAUGGGAAGGCCAAGAUGAACGGGACAUUGGUCAAUGGACAUUUUUGA